CCGCCCGCCGCUCCGCAGCCUCCGCGCCGGCAGCGCUGCCCGCUCCGCGCUGCCCCCGCCAUGCCCUAGCCCGGCCUGCCCGCCCGGGGACGCGCAGCAGCUCGGGGAGGGUCGGCAGCGAUGGCACCCCCGUGCCCGCGCCCCGCCCGCCCCUGAGGGCAGCUGCUGCCGCCGGGAUGUUCAGCUGGCAUCGGAGCUUCACCCUGGAAGCGCCCUGGAGAGCAGGUAAGAAGAGCCCACCAGCUGAGGACAAAGUCGUGUUAACACACAUGAAGAUACUGAGCAAUGAAGGAAUUCAAAACCCAGGGUUAAUCCCAGAGGCUCCAGCUGACACAGCCUGCACAGAAGAGUCCCAACUUCCCGGUGCCAGUCUCCCACCAGGAUGCCUGGCAAGUCCAGAUGCAGCAGCCACAGCAGCAGGUCCAGACUAUGUGGAUGGCCCGGCAAGCACCGACUAUGUAGCCACCCUGCCUGACCUCAGUGCCUUCGAGUCCAAGUGCCGGCUUCACAGACUCUCCAAAUUUGAAUCUGAGGACUCGGGGGUUGAGUUGCCAAGCGGUGCUAAUUCUCCAUCAACGCCGACGGGCUCAGAGAAGAGCUUUGUGCUUCACAGCAGAGACUCAUUUUGUGACUCGGGUGUGCUUAGUACCUCUUCUUCUCCAGAAAUUGACCAUCAGUUAAUGAGAACAUGUAAAGAACGUGCCAGAAAAGUUAGCAUUCAAGAUCCAGAGAGCAAAAAGCAAGCUGAUUACUACAGCCAGGAGGCAGAUGCUGUGCAGGAUCCUACAGCUUCCCUUGAAGAUUUCAAUGUCCCCCAGGAAGAAAGUCCUGAUGAACAUUUUGACCAGGGUGACAAGCAGUCUCCAGAAAAGGAACAUACCCCAGAGAUGGACCUUUCCAGGGAAAGCGUUCUUUCCACCCCAGGUCCCAUAGAAGAGCCAAAUACAAUUGCUGACAGUUUCACAGAGAAUUUUGGCAGCAUGCAAGACCUUCAGAUCCAUGAACAUCAGCUGAAGAAGUAUCCCACAAGUGACAGCCUGGACGAAUACAUGGAUGAAUGCUGUAGACUGAGUGAGGUGAACCAAAGUAACAGCAAAGCCCUGGGAUCUGGUCUGGGAUACCUAGAACACAUCUGCCAACUGAUUGAGAAGAUUGGGCAACUUCAGGAGCACAAUCUGCGUCUCCAAAAACAAGUGUGCAGCUUGCAGAAGGAGCAGAAGAUGAGUCAGAUAAAAGAGGAAUAUCUUCUACAGCAUUGCUCCUGUGGAGCUGCCAGUAUCUUCCUUAACUCAUAUCAAGACAUGAAAACAAGUUUUGCUGGGAGGAGCAGACCUCACAGCCUCUUGGUUCAGACUGGAAACCCUUCUGACCUUUCCAUCAUCCCAGAAAUAGGAACAAACACUGAGAAGCUGAGCAGCUGCAAUGGAAGUGAGAGAUACCUGGAAUCAGGAAAGAGCCAGCCAAUGGUGGGGCUCAGGAAGUCAUCAAACAAUAGGAACAAGGAGAAUGAGUUCAGAGAAGUUGGGAGUAUGGCUGAGGGACAGGCUUUUCUGUCAAAGGAUUCUGCAGUAAGAAAGGCUCUGGACAUCAGCAAGAACACCUCGGGUGAGAGCCAUGCUUGGAGGAAAAUGAGAGAUCUUAUGAGGAAGACACGGUUGACAAACCAGAGCAAGCUGGGGCUGUCCUCUGCUGCUCUGAAGAGGUCCUGCCCACAGUUGUAUAGGCCAGAUAUUAUGUCUUCAGAGCUGAGGAAAACUGAGAGGAACUCCAUGAUUGUUCUGGGACAAAAUACAAAGAACGAAAACUUAUGUCCUUUCUGAUAAUCUGAGCCAAAUGGAGCAAGCUGAAAAAGUCAAGGCAAGAAUACUGAAGGACACAAAAUCAAGAAUCCCAGGGUUACUCUGCGCAAUCUAUGUUCUACAAUUGUCAACAGAGCAAUUCUGAAUUAAGUGUUGGAAGGGAAAGAGGGAAGGGGGAUGUUGAGAAGGUUUUGUGUGCAUAUAUAUGCUCAGCUAUGUAUGGCUUCGCUCCUGAAUCUGAAGUGUACUUUAAAAAGUCAAGCCACAGAUGAAAAUUGUUGUUAGCAUCUUGGCAACACAAGCAACAGGGACUUGUAACAUUUGGAAAUUCUUCCUAUUCUCUGGGCUGGGAACAGAAUUACCUGAAACACUGAAGCCUUGAAACUACCAUUACUUUCUGGAGACUUCUCCAACUGAAAUAAAUAUUAGCUUCAUGGCACAUAGCAUCAUCUAGAGGAGUGCCAGAGACUCAUUGCCCAGGGCAGAUGUGGCUGUUGAAAGGACAGCCUCCUCCCUCUGGGGAACCUGAGUUGCAGUCUCUGUCCCCAGCACAGUUCUUCCCUUCAGAGCAGCCUAUGGCCAUCUGUGCCAUUUCACUGGAAUCCAACAGGAACACAAAGUACGUAAAGUUAGGGUCAUUCCUGAAUCCACAGUUAGCAUCCCAGCCUGUGGGCCUGCUCCUUCUGCAGAGGCCCCUGGACUCUGGUGCUACCCUGCACAGAAGUUGCCAUUGUAGAUGCUCAUUGUAAAGACCAGAGUAAGCAGCAGUGCAGGAAUCAACCUUUCGAGAGACUGGAGGGGGCAUCCCGAGCAGUCUCUGCCCCACACCCAGCCACUGUAAUUAGUCUUUUUUUUUAAAAAAAUAAUUUUUUUCCUUUUUUUCUCUUUUCUUUUUUUGAUGGGGGACAGGACACCAGGCUUGAAUUCCUGCUUUUAAGUUCCAUUGAAGUGCUCUGUUGGUGCAGGUGGGGGACUGAGGCUGUAGGUGGGACAGUACUGUACAGCUCUGCCUGCGCUCUCUCUAUUGGGAAGAGCUGAGGAGAGCAAGGCUGCAAGGGAAAGUAAUUCAAAGACAUCCUUUAUAAACUGGUGCUCUUUUGGAAUACACUAACAACUGUGUAACACUAUGACUGUGUGUGGUGGCUGCCUUAUUGCCACAUGUCCACUGCUUCCUGACUCAGGGAACAGGCAGUGCAUGCUUCUGAAAGUCCCGUGAUUGCAGAGGUCUCUGCACACUAGCUCCUAUUGGUACUGGCAAAAUAAUUAAUACACAUGGAGUAAAGAUUUAAGUGAACUGGCAUUGCUUCAUGAUAAAGGAUUAAAUAAAUCAUAAUAUAAUUACAUGUCAAGUAAUUGCUGUUUAAAAAUCCCUCCCCAAUCCCAACAUGCCUGAGAAGCUGGCAGGAAUGAUAGGUUUCAGCAAGCUUAGUCUUUCAAUAACAGAUGCUUUUCCCUUGCUCAUCCACAUCAGCUGGAGCUGUUGGAGUCCUCCAAACCAGAGCAGGAUCUUUUCUGGAUUCAGAGCAUCUCAGCCAGGCAUUCCCAGGCUGGUAGAGUUUGCAGGGAUGAGUGAGGGCAGGGUUCAAGUACGCAGAAGGAUUGCUACUGUUGUUACUUAGCAUCUCAAAAAAAACCCCACAUAAACAAUCACCAAACCCCACAACCCAAACCCCCAUUAAAAAGAAAAAGGCUGUGCUGACUCAAGGUUAGCACCCUAAAGUAGGUGCUGUGUUUAAUUUUUCAGUUGUAGCUGCUGGUGCAGGACUUGCUUAUUCACUCUAUAUCUUGCUAGCUUCAUCCAAAGCUAGAAAGAUUUAUGACUUGAUUAUUCUGUGAAUAUUCCAUAUAUCUCCAUAAAUACAGGGGACAAAAAUCCUGCAUUAACUUAACUUACAUCCUCCAUUAUUCCUCCAGCUUUUUUACAGACUGUACAGAAUGUGAAUCAGUGCAAACUGAAUUUAAAGUGUUUUAAGACAUAGCAUCAUGAACCGGUAUUUUCUACAACCCUCUCUCUUCAUGGUAUAAGCUUGUUGAAUGUUUUGUGUUUGGGGUGUUUUUUGUAUUUUUUUAACUAAAACUAGCACUCUUCUUUAUUAUAGCAUUAUAUUAAAUAUGUUCAUGUAUUUUCAGAAAUAAAUGUAUUUAUAAUGUGUAAUAUACUGUAUAGUUCUGCACUCCAGGAUCCAUUGUAAUCUAAGCAUAAGAAAUUUAAUAAAAGCAUCACUAUUACGAUAAUUGUUUUCAAUAUU